AUGCUGCGGAAGGACGAGGUGCCCGAUAACCCCUUCCGGCUGGUGUUCAAGCCGCUGGGGGUGCAGGACCGAGAUUUCACAAGGGACUACAACAACCAGGUCAUCUCCGAGGAGUACAAGAUCUGGAAGAAGAACGCGCCCUUCCUGUACUCGAUGGUGAUCGUGCAGGAGCUGGAGCACUCGGUGCUCAGCCUGCAGUGGCUGCCCGACAAGAACAGCACCCUCGAAAGCGACUUCACCGUGCACAAGUGCCUCAUUGGUACCAACUCCCCCGACCGCCACAAGAACUACGUCAUGAUCCUCAAGGUCAAGAUCCCCGUCGACAUGGGUUGCUGGGACCUCUCCGAAAUGCGGGAGGGCGGGUUGGGAGUCGCGGAGUCCCGCAUCGAGGUCGACACCAAGAUCCUCAACGAAGGCGAGGUCAACCGCUGCCGCUACAACCCCCAGAAGAACAACGUAAUAGCCGCCAAGAGCUGCACUGGCGAGAUCUACAUCUACGACUACUCCGAGCACCCCAACAAGCCUGCCAGCACCAUCUCUCGCCCCGAGGUCAAGCUCACCGGCCACACCGCUGAGGGCUUCGGCCUCGGCUGGAACAAGACUAAGUCCGGGCUCAUCCUCUCCGGCUCGGAAGACGGCAAGGUUCUGCUCUGGAACAUCGACGAGUCUGUGCAGGCCAAGCACUCUCUCAGACCUCACUGCGAGUACAACUACCAUGAGGGCUUCGGGGCCGUGCAUGAUGUGUGCUGGUCUGACCAUCAUGUGGACAUGUUCGGCACCUGCGGGGAGGGCGGACUACUGGCCAUCUGGGACAUACGCUCCAAGCCCAAGGGCUCUCGCCCCGAAAUCGAGAAAAUCGCCCACUCGACCGACAUCCUCAGCCUGCACUUUAGUCCCUUCAACGAGAACCUGCUGCUGACCUCCUCCGCAGGCAAGGAGAUUUCGCUGUGGGACACUCGCAACUUCACCAAGCGGCUGCACACCUUCGAGGGGCAUAACGACGCGGUGGUCAAGGUCGAGUGGAACCCCGUGCUGCCCAACAUCUUCUGCUCGGGUUCGUUUGACCGGCGGUGCGUGCUGUGGAACAUCGGUAAGAUCGGCAGCGGGCGGGAGGAGGCCGAGGAGAUGGCGUUCAUCCACGGAGGGCACCGCACCCGGGUGCAGGACUUCAGCUGGAACUCCAACGAGCCCUGGGUGCUGAGCUCAGUGGAGGAGAGCAACAUCCUCAACGUCUGGGAGCCCACAGAGGCUAUGCGUACGGAAUGA